GCUCAGAGAGGAUCAUCUCCCACUGGUUGACAACAUGAGGAGAUAUUUGGAUAUAAGACGAAUUCCUUUGCCGUGGUCGAGGAGGGACAAUACGCAGAAUGAGUCCAGUCCCCUCAUACCAAAGGCAGGCUCAGCCAGAGAGGAUGCUCAGGAGCUGGGCUAUGUCACCAAUGAAUUUAAGUUGGCAGGGUCAAACAAUGGACAGGACUACAACAGCCCCGCAUUCUCAAGGACUGAGACCUACUACAGAUAUUCAUUGAUGGACUAUUUCCUAAAAUAUUUCCUCUUCCUGUGCAACCUGGUGUUUACGGUUCUGGGCCUCGUGGUUCUUGGUCUGGGGAUGUGGGGCCUUAUCAGCAAAGAGUCAUUUGCUCAGGAGAAGAUCGGAAGCAUCGGCACCGACCCAAUGCUGAUACUUGUGACUCUGGGCUUCUUGCUAACUGUGCUCUGCCUGUCAGGCUGUGUGGGCGCCCUGAGAGAGAACUGCUGCUUACUGAAGCUGUUCUCCAUCGCCGUGCUGGUGCUCAUCUCAGCCCAGCUGCUGGCGGCCAUUACGGCCUACAGUCUCAAAGAUCAGAUUGGGAGCUACCUGCGGUCAGGAAUGUUAACUGCCAUGAUGCACUAUCAGGAUGACCUGGACCUGAGGUUCAUCACGGAUGAGAUUCAGUCAAAUCUGCAGUGCUGUGGGGCAGAUAACUAUCAUGACUGGGAAAUCAACAUAUAUUAUAACUGCUCAGCUCCAGGAGUGCUGGCCUGCGGUGUCCCUGCAACCUGCUGUGUGGACCCUCUGCAGAACGGCACAGUGUGGAACUCGCAGUGUGGCGUGGGAGCCCAGCUGCUCGAUGAGUUCACCGCUCAAAGUGUGAUCUUCCUGGGCGGAUGUCUCGGGGGAAUCUCCCGCUGGAUCGAGCAGCACAACGGCCUGAUAGGGACGGUUGGCGUCGUCGAACUCGGGGUCCAAAUUCUGACUCUGUUCGUGACUACACGACUGCUGGAGAGCAUCCAGAGGCAUAAAGUGUAUAUGUGAUAUGUCACAGAUAUCUAAUGAGUGGUGACUGCUGAACCUGUGCCAGAGGAAAAGACAACAACUCCUAAUUUAAAUACCAACUAAACAUGCAGAAUGCAUUAUUCACCCAGUAUAUAUUCUUGUUUUAAAAUAACAACAAAUUCAAUUAAAACAAGCUUAGGCACAAACCGCACUUGGCUGCAGCCUUCAGCGACUCUCAAAAGACAAACAGUAUAGAUAAUGAAUGGGGGGAUGAGACCCAAUCUAACAUUUACAUCUGAAUCUGUAAUAUGUGCCUUACACCUUCAUUUUGCUUUAAAACUUUGUCUUCUCUUGAAGUUGGGUUUUUACCCUGACAAAAGGGGGUAUCUCACUGAGGUUGACUUUAACAUAACAGAAGCUAAUUUUUACCCUCGUGAGCUUUUGAUGAUGAAUGAAAAUAAUUCUCAAAGAAAUUAUGUGAUAUUUUAAAAAUCCACUCCUUUGAUUUUGAGCCAAGGGUUAAAUGAAAAGAUCAUUACUUCCCAAUAGGUACAUUAUUGUGAACACUGUAAAACCAUUUGUCAUUUGUAUAGACUGUGGAUAUUGUACAUAUUAAACAAACAAAAGUACAUGUUAGUGAGCUUAUAGUGAGAUUCAUCAGCUAUUUUGUUCUUAUUAUUGAACCAUUCACUCGUGCUGCUCAUCAUUUAAAAAGGGACAAAUAAAGCAUUAUAAUGAGAACUGUGUAAUGUUUCCAACACAUUCGCGUUGGUUUCAUGAAAAACUGUUCAGUUCAACAGGAGGAGAAUAAAGGAGAACAAGAAAUUGUUUUUUUUUAAAACACCACAUAUCUUUAUUCUGCAUUUGAUUAAAGAC